AUGGCCAGCCGCACGGUGAAGGAUGCGCACAGCGUCCACGGCACCGACCCUCAGCAUCUGGUGGAGAAGGUGAUUCGUACGCGAAUCUAUGAGUCCAGGUACUGGAAAGAGGAGUGUUUUGGACUUACGGCUGAACUUGUAGUCGAUAAAGCCACGGGGUUACGGUUUGUUGGUGGCGUCUACGGUGGCAACGUAAAACCGACUCCCUUUCUAUGUUUAACCUUGAAGAUGCUUCAGAUUCAACCCGAGAAGGAUAUUAUUGUAGAGUUUAUCAAAAAUGAAGAUUUCAAGUAUGUCCGCAUGUUGGGGGCGCUCUACAUGAGGCUGACAGGCACCGCAAUUGAUUGCUACAAGUACUUGGAGCCUUUGUACAAUGACUAUCGAAAAAUCAAGAGCCAGCACCGAAGUGGGGCGUUUGAGCUGAUGCAUGUAGAUGAGUUUAUUGAUGAACUAUUGCACAGCGAGAGAGUCUGUGAUAUCAUUCUGCCCCGGCUACAGAAACGCUGUAUGCUAGAGGAAGCUGAGCAACUGGGGCCUCGAGUUAGUGCUCUAGAAGAGGACAUGGAUGAUGAGUCCAGUGAAGAGGAGGAAGAGGAUGACAAGUUGGAAAGAGUGCCAUCACCUGAUCACCGCAGGAGAAGCUACCGAGACUUGGACAAGCCCCGUCGCUCUCCCACACUGCGGUACAAGAGGAGUAGGAACCGGUCUCCCAGAAGGCAGAGUCCAUCUCCCAAAAGGCGAAGUCCAUUCCUCCCCCAAGAAGAGCCAAGCGUAGGUGCCAGACUUGAAGAUGAAGGCUUUACUUUGUUAGCCAUGUGUUUACCAAACCCCAGCGCUUUCCCGAGAUCUUUUGGCUGA